AUGAAUUCUUCAUCUUUCAGCAACAUGUCAAGCAGCUUGACUUACAGAGACACUCUCAGCAUUGCAGUGACCAAAAAUGUGCUCAUAGUGGCUCUUGGCAUCACCAUCAACUAUAUCAAUGGAACACUGAUUCACACCUUCAGAAAACAUGAAAUAUUUUACAUGAAUCCUCGUUACAUCCUGUUCAUCCAUCUGGUAGUGAAUGAUAUGAUCCAGCUGACUACAUCCACCAGCUUGUUUGUUUUCAGUUACAUCUUCUACAGAAUUAAUACUUCUUUCUGUUGCUUCAUUGUUACCUUUGCUGUUUUCACGACUACAAACUCUCCUUUAAAUUUAGCUCUGAUGGCAGUGGAGUGCUAUGUCGCCGUUUGCUUCCCACUGCGACAUGCUGAACUUUGCACCAUCAAAAGAACAUAUUUUCUCAUUGGCUGUAUUUGGGGGUUAAGUGCAGCAAUAAUUUUGCCAGACAUCUUUCUUGUCCUCGCCACAGAGCCUCUGUGGUUGUUUAACUCUACAGUAUUUUGUGAUCGAGACACUGUUUUCCGACACCCAAUAAGCAUAAAAAAAAGAGAUGUUUCUUACAUAAUUUUUUUUUCUGGAGUUUGGUUUGUACUUUUAUUUACAUACUUCAGGAUCUUUUGUGCUGCUCAUGCUGCUAACUCAUCUGAGGGAAUUGUAAAGGCCAGAAAUACUAUCCUGAUUCAUGGUUUUCAGCUACUUUUGUGUAUACUGACAUAUGUAGGUCCGAUGACAAGAAUGUUUCUGGUGUUUCUGCCCGCAGCACAAUAUGUCCAAGCAAUUUUUUUUUGGUACAUACUGAUCCAGAUUCUGCCCAGAUUUGUGAGUCCUAUUGUGUAUGGGGUGCGAGACAGCACAUUUAGACACUACUUGAAAAAUUAUAUUUUGUGCAGCAUCGGAAAAGCCAACAAACUGCAUCCGUAA